UACGACUUUCUUGCACGAGCGAGGGGAAUAAAGAACCGUAAGAGAAGAGUGUGAUGUGGAGAGAGAGAGAGAGAAAGAGAGAGAGGGAGAGAGAGAGAAAGCAGCAGCAGACAGGCGGAGAGAGAGAUGGAUGGAGUGAGAAUAGAGAAGAGGGGAGAUCGAGGCAGGAUGCCGGUAAGAAGAGGAGGAGGAAGUAGAUGAGGAAGAGUACGAAGUAGUGGGAGUAAAGGCGCGCGAGAGAACCAGCGAGCUAACUAAAUACGAUCGUCCGAUCGUCCUUCUUGUACCCGCCCUCUCGGGCUUACGUGGGGAAACCUAGUGGGCCGUACGUCGACGGUGAUUGGUCAACGGUCGUUAGUCGACUCAUGGUGUCGGUGGCGCCUCCCAAGAUCAACCAAUUGCGUAUAGUUCUCCUACUUCUUUUUAUCUCGCUGUAUUUACGUCGAAGGACGAAGCAUAUUCCUCCCCCCGCGCUUUCAGCACGUUCACGUCAUGCAACUACUACUAAAUAUCAUAUUUCCAUCUCUUUCGCACUCUACCCCCUCCAUCGAACCAAAUACACGUAUUUGCAGUGUGCGCGUGUGUCCGGUUUGUCUAUAUGGUACGAAUACAGGAGAGGAAAGAGGACAUUUUCGUUUCGGGAUCCGUCUAAGUUGAACGCGUUUUCUGCGGAGAGAGGAUCGUCUCCCGCUCGUUAACGUAUGUAGUUUCUCUCUCCGUCUUUCUCCCCCCUCCCUUUCUCUCUGCGUGUGGUUUCUCGUCGCGUAUAGUAAGGUACAUCGCUUUCGCCGAAAGAGUUCGUAUCGUACCGUGCUUGCUGCGUGUUUCUCUCGUCUUAUAUUUUCUUCGUUUCAUCCUUGUGUGUGACGCAUUUAUAUAAGGUUUACCUUCGAACCUCAAAAAGAGGAAGGAAGGGAGGAUUUUACGUUUUCCCGUAGAAGCGCGCGUGCGUGUGUAUAUUACCGACGUUGUGACUGUGUAUCUCUCUUUCUUUCCCCCUACCUCUUCCUCUUUAUCUCUCUCUCUCUCUCUCUCUUUGUAGAUAUAUGUACGUGUGCGUAGUAUGUGACAGAACGUCGUAAAAGACGCGCGACGUUGUCGGAUCGUCGAGAACUCUUCAAAACAGGAGAGAGAGAGAGAGAGAGAGAGAGAGAGAGAGAGAGAGGACGACGUAUUGCACUGUCGUCUGUAUUGUAAUUUUUGUUACACGACAGAUAAGAAAGUUAGCCGAUCGAUCGUUGAGGAAGAGCUAGAAGAGGUGGAGGAGGAAGAGGAGGCGAAAAAAGAAGAGAGGAAAUACGCUUCCUACCGAUCAAUUCGUUAAAAAAAUCGAGAGAUCGUGAGAAAGGCGCUUAUAGAGACGCUUCGAUUUUACCGGUGGUGCGCCAGUGACAUUUGGUACGGUGUUAUCGACGAAACGGACGUGGCAACGUUGCAUCGAACACUCGCACAUCACGAGCACGCACACAUAUACAGAAAGCAGAAGGGGACUCGGAGCUGUCGAGCUGGCUGGCUGGCUAGCAGGCAGACAGGCAGGCAAGCGAGCGAACGAACGAGCGAUAGAGCGAGCAAGAGGCUUUCUUGUUCCGAGGACGGUGCUUCUGCUCACGCUGUCUUUCUUUUCUUUCUACCUCCAUUGCUCUUGCUUUUCUCUUCUUUUUCCUCUCCCCAUCGUGAUCGUUCAACCGUGCGCACACGCUCUAUCCUUUUUCUUUCUACUGUUCUCCCUCUCUCUCUUUCUAACCCCACCACGUCUUACUGUCUUUCCUCUUUUCCUCCUACUUUUCUCUUUCUCUCUUACGCGGCAUCUUUUACGCAUCACUACCGUUCAGAACUCCUUCCUCCCUUUCCUUUACUUCAGGUUGUCUCUCUCUUUCUCUCUCACUCUCUCUUUCCCCUACCCGCAACCAAAAGCGACUCGGGCGAGUCCAUUACGCUUUUGAGGGGAGUUCGGUAGACUUCGGCUCUAGUCGGCCUCGAUCCGCAGAAUGUGUUAGACGGUCCAAGUUGGACGCUCCAGUUUUCCGCACUCAUAUUCGCUAUUCUGUGAUCACGGAUAUUGUCGAACUAUCUUUGAUCCAUUGUUCGAUUAUCCAUCGAUCGACCAAUCUCCGAUAGACACUCAAUUUUCCUGAUCCGUCUGAGACGCGUUCGAUCAGCGUAUAUCCAUGCGACGGCCAUGUUUGGUGUUUACGAGGCGAGGGAAAAUUGCUGACGUCACGAACCCCGAUCUCGCCCGAAGGGAGCAGCAGCAGCAGCAGUAGUAGCGGCGGCGGCGCGACAACCGCGGCAGCGGUGGCGACAGCGCAAGUAACAGUAACAGAUUACGAAUGAAACAAGUAAUAACGACAUCGACAACGGGAGAAAGAGCAAGACAAAACAUACAAAUACUGGAAUAAAAACGUUUUUACCGUUCGAAUCCAGGAUAAAUAACGUGAGUUUUCAGCCAGCAGUUGUAAGAGAUAGUGAAAGGAGAUUUGGUGCACGAAAUAACGAAAGUUGUUACGUCAAUUAAGAAAAAGAAAAAUAAAACUAAAGACCAAAAUAAUUUUAUACCGAACUAUACAAGUGGAUCAUCAAAGUGACACAAGUAACUCAUCAAAAAGGCACGAUUUACCGCGUUAAAUUCGCUUCUCGAUGAGACGUGCGCGUAGGUCAUCCUCGCUCGUCUCCGCCGGUCUUACCGGAACUAUCGGACAUUUCGAAAAACAUCGGUCGCUGUGGCAGCACGCCGUUGUAUAGCGGGCCAACCGUGAACUGUCGUUCGGUCGCCAUCACCAUUGCCGCCGCUGCCACCACCACCACCACCACCACCACCACCACCACCACCGCUACCGCCAUCGCCAUUGCCACCGCCACUACCAUUACCAUACCGCUCUCUUAGUAGCCGUGAUACACACGACCAGUGCAAAAAACAUUGUGCAAUGCUGAAUAGUGCCCUCAUAGUAAUCGCGGUUGUACACCGAACGGAACGCGUCGAUACAUACCACUUUUUACAUACGACAAUCGACCGUCGUGAAGAAAAAUGUUUCUAACGUAUGAAAUGUUUUCGGAACCAUUUUAAAACCUGUUUUCUUUAAUUGUUCCCGUGUUGAAGCGCAUUUAUUUUAAUCGUCCCAAUUGCAGUUUUUUCAUCUACCACAUUUGAUCCCCAGGAUAUCCCUAUGACUGUGAAAGAAAUAAAUUUGGUGCAUCUCGAUGUCGCUAUCAUCCAUAUUUUUCUCUUUACCGUUGUCAUCGUCGUCGAGUAUUACGUACAACGGUAGCGAGAAAUCUCUACGAACGAUGAUGAUGAUUUAUUCGUUACGCGCGUGAAACUUCUCUGCGCGUUACGUGUUUUCUCUUUUUCGUGCACACGUUCGUCCGUGUGUGUCAGUGUGGAUACGUCUGUUUUUCUGGUGCGUGAUUCUAUGGUACACGCGUUCCGCUGCAUACAAUCUGUGUGUUUGCAGCGACACCAUUUUUUUAACGUAUUAGUGUCACUGGUGCGUAUGAUCGGCGAUCGUGGACGGUGUACAAAACCGUCGUCAAAGUGCAUCGCCUCUCCGUUGAGGACGAAGACGACGACACAGUGACCACGAACAGUACAUAGGUGUCAUGGAUCUCGGUGACAGGGUUUACGCCGCCGAGCGGAUCACGAAGAAGAGGGAAAGGCGGGGAAAGGUGGAAUAUUUUGUUAAAUGGAAAGGAUGGAGUAAAAAAUAUAAUACAUGGGAACCGGAGGAAAAUAUUUUAGACGUGAGGCUGAUCGAAUUGUACGAGGAGAGUUUAAAAAGCGGAGAUGUAUCUACGAGAAGGCCAAGGCGAAGGGAUACAAGAUACAAUGAGCAAGUAUUGGCCAAUCUCGUGGUUGUCGAAGAACCUGGUGGAGACGAAAGAGUAGGAGAAGAUAGUCAGGACGAGUCAACGACGGGUAGCACAUCUGCACCGCAUUUGAAUCAUGUCACUCCCGAUGAGGACACGUUACCCAGUUCGUUAGACGGACAAGAAUCUCCUACACCACCUGAGUUAUUGGCAUCAACGUUCAGUGUUGACUCGGACAGCUCGAACAGUAGCGUUGAUAUAACCUUACUUCCAAGGAGAGAACCAGCUGGUACCAAGAGAAAAGCUGAGGUUCUCAGUAAGGAGUCUGGAAAAAUCGGCGUUACAAUCACUACGAGCAGUCCAAGCAGUGGCAGUAGUAGUAGUCCGCCACCGAAUAAAAUACCACGUUUGUUGCCAUUAAAAAGCAAUUCACCGUCGUCUUAUCAUGGACACAAAGUAAACGGUAGAAGACCAUCAUCCUCGAGCGUGAAAUCCACACCUGAAGAGCCAUUACCAGCAGUGCCAACGACAUUGGCCCCGCCGGUACAAGACAAGAAACGACCGGAAGCAGACGUACCUCAUGGUCCACCGCCCUCUUUACCUCGUACUCCAUCAACCGCUUCGCUAUCUCCUCAAGUGGACACACCUCUGGAUCAACCAAUGAAAAAGAGGCAUUUACCCGAACAAAAACAAGAAAAGACUAGCAAUUCCACGACAGUAGAUGCGAACGGUCACAAAUCACCGAGUCCUACGGAUUCCUACACGAAUAACAAUAGGUUAACCGCAAUAGUCAAUGGCCAUCAUAGUCACGAUAAUAAUAUUAAUAAUAACAAUAACAACAGUAAUAAUAAUAAUAAGAAUAAUGCAACGAGCAUCAAACAAACUGAAAUUACGAGGUCCGAGAUGUACGUUCCUUUGUCGAGUCCCGGUACGGAGUAUUGGCAUGCGAGAAAUCCGGUUGCCGAUCAAGUUUUCAUAACGGACGUCACCGUGAAUCUUAAAACGGUUACCAUUAGAGAGUGUAAGACGGAAAAGGGAUUUUUUCGCGAGAGAGAUCCCAAAAGCGACAUUUAUUAACCCUUUCUAUGAAAAAAAAGGAAGAGACAGAUACUUCCUUUGACUUGUAUUAAAUCGUUGUAAAUACAUAAAUUAUUUUCACACAUCGAUUAUUAUGUGUCUGCGUAAAUCGUUAUCGACCUCAUUGUCGUCGAGCGAUUAAAAAAAACUUACUUUUUAACGAUUUAAUUGUAUAAACUCACGGUUGCGUUAAGAGACGUUUAAUAAUAGAAAUUAAUAAAUCGAGAGACGUCGUAAU